AUGGAGGUCCCUGGUUACAAUACCCUGGUAUACUACGCCACCCCGCCGCACAGCUACAUUGGAACCACAAUCUUCUUAUCCUACAUCCUCGGCGCCCUCUACUCAACAUUCAAAAUCACAUUCUCGCUACGCAAGCAGUAUACAGCCAUCUUCCACGCGCCCACAUCCGAGAGGGAUGGCAAUGUCAAAGCAGCAAAAGAGGCGCGAGCGAAACACAUCAAGGCCUAUGCCUUCCUGGCUUCCAUCAGCUUCGCAACGCUAUCUUACCACAUGCUCAUGUUCCUCAUAAAGCACUAUCUGGAAUGGAGUGGAGCCAAGACACUGAGCCUAAGCAAUAUGUCUAUUGAGAAGCUAAAGAGAUGGAUGUUGGCGUCGACCUUGUUCCACGAUUUCGCCCAGGAUCUCGUCAGAGACGCGCCGAAUGCUGUCUGGACCCAGGCAGCCAUCCUAGGAACGUGGUUCUGGAGUAUUUUCCUUGGGCAGAAAGCGAGGACGCGUGGAUAUGAUGCGGCAAUGAUGCGCGACUAUGUUCUUCUGAGUCAGAUCCUACCUAUAUCUUUUACGGUCUCGCUUUUCCUCAUUCAGCUGCAUCUUUCUUCUCCGGAUCUCGCGCCCCCUAAGGCUGCGGCAGAGUCAAAGGGAUUCCUGAACCAGCGCCGUAAGCCAAUCGCUGCGCUGCAGAUUCCCAACAUUUUGCUCAAUGCAGCUCUACUCGCUCUCCCGGCUUUGCGGUCGCAUUCGAUUUUUGAUGUUCUUCUUUUGGUAUCUCGCGCUAUUCUACUGCUCCCGCAAUUCUCUUUUGUGGGUCUUAGGGAUGUGGAUGUUAGCAAAUGCAUCACGGUUUCUGGGGGUUUCGCAAUGGCGAAUAUUGCGAUGAUGAGGAAGGAGAUGACCUUGGGUGGCGUAGUAGGCGCAUUGGGCAACGGUGGUUAUGCGGUCAAAGCAUUAGGAUGGGAUGCAGUGAUCGGUUCGGUGGUAUUCAUGGUGCUAGGGUGGGGCGGUGGUGUGUGA